AUCAAAGUUACCGACGUGGAAGGUUGCACGCAACCGACACACUAGACAGUUGCAAUUGGCAUUAACGCUGGUCUCAUCAACGGUACAACGGCCAUUUUAAAGAGAUGCGGCUUCUCAGCUCUGCGCUCAUAACUCUCCUUGCACUUACAAAACUCAGUUUUGCAAGUUCGAGUUCUGUUCUUGUGGUUCUCGACCCGUCAUUAGACAGGGAGGACUAUUCGAUUUUCUUUGGUGGACUUGAAGAACGAGGCUAUAAUUUGACGUUCCGUGCUCCCAAAGACGCUAGUCCUGCGAUCACCGACUAUGGCGUGCCAAACUAUGACCACGUCAUCCUGUUCGCGCCCGACACAAAAUCAUACGCACAAGACAUCACUCCGCAGUCACUCGUAGGCCUGCUCUCAGAGAACACUAACCUCCUCAUCGCCCUCUCUCCAAAACAAACACCCCUCACAAGCCUCGCGGCAGAGUUCUCACUCAUCCUCCCGCCUCCAGAAACACCACUCAUUUCCCACCACCCCGCUCGCUCAGGGCCUCCAACCACAAUCCCUGUCACUGUCUCAUCAUCAAGUCCAAUCCUCACCCCAGGAAUACCCCCAGUCUGCUUCGCAGCUGACCCCACAAGCGACACUGACAGCGACGCCCUCGUAACCGCUUCCGAAAAAGGUGGCGAAGGCCUCUGGGCAGGAAGCCAAAUGGGCUUAGUCACUGGAUUCCAAACGAACGUGAACUCGCGCGUGGUGUUUGCAGGCGGCGUGAAAAUGUUCAGUGACGAAUAUGCGGGGAAGGAGCUCCCUUCUGGGGAGCUUCCCGGGAACGCUUUGUUCGUGGCGGAUGUGGCUGCGUGGGUUUUCCAGGACAAGAUGAAGUUGAGGAUUGAUGGGGUCGACCAUCAUCGGGUUGGUGAGAGUGGGGCGCCGGAGAUGUAUACUACUAGUGAUGAGAUUGUGUAUACGGCGCAUAUCUCUGCGUACGACAGCCAGACCUCCACAUGGAAGCCUUACAGCGGUAUCGACGACUUGCAGUUAGAAUUCACGAUGCUCGAUCCUCACAUCCGUACCUCUCUGCCAGCUGUUCCUGGCUCUCCUGGUACAUACCAAGUCCAGUUCCGCGCUCCUGACAGACAUGGUGUUUUCAAGUUUGUCCUGAACUGGAAGAGGAAGGGUUACUCAUACCUCGAAUCAAGUACGACCGUCCCUGUCGUGCCGCCGAGACAUGACCAAUACCCGCGUUUCUUGAGCGCCGCGUGGCCGUAUUAUGCAGGAGCUAUCAGCACCAGCGUUGGAUUUUUCCUUUUCUCAGCUUUGUGGCUUGCAGGUGACGUCAAAGGCGAGCGGAAGAAGGGAUCCAAAGUGGAGUGAUUGUUCAGCCAUGCUCAGUUACGGAAAUAAAAUAUCUCACUAACAUGCGUCGAUAAUCGUUUUACCUGUAUCUCGCAAGUUUGGUGCUCUAUGUACAUGCUGUUCGACAAGAAU